AUGAAGCCAGAGCACCGGUGGCUAUUCGGUGGCCCUUCUCCGUCAAUAGGGCUGUCCCCCUCUUCCACUGUGGAGCUGGUGCCCAUCUUCCCACAUGUCUGCCCAUCUGCUCUCCCCCCUCCUGUUGGGAAAGGUUGGAUAGACAAACGGAUACCCAAUUGUAAGAUCUUUUUAAAUAAUUCCUUUGCUCUGGACUCAACGUGGAUAUAUCCCGAGGAAUCAAGAUUGUUCCAUGGGUAUGAAAAGCCUCAUUUAUUGGCAAAUCAAGUAGCUGUGUCUCUGUCCAGGCCAGCGCCUGCCUCCAGGCCUCUUCCCACAGUGGUGUUAGCACCUCAGCCUAUACCAGGUUGGUGUCCAAAUAGCCGCGCCAGUGUGCUUUCCCCCCCUUUCGUGGUCCUCCCCGCCCCUGCCGCAGCCAUGGUCUCCGUGGACGCUGAGGGACUUGGGGGCCCGUCCCCCUCCAGCGCGCAGCCCUGCCACUUCCUGACGCUGGCACCCAUCAAGAUACCCCUGCGGACUGUCCCCUUCCCUGAGAAAAGCAGGGACCGGGUCCGCACGCCCCGCCCUCCUGCCCUGAUGCUGCGUGCGGAGAGGAAGAGCCCGGCCAGGGACGAAGGACACAAGGAGCCUCCACCGAUCCUCGUGACAGGAGAGGACAGUGCGGCCAAAGGCAGCAGACCCGUGGCCUCCACUCCGGUGCCCGGCUCCCCCUGGUGCGUGGUCUGGACGGGCGAUGACCGGGUUUUCUUCUUCAACCCCACGAUGCAGCUGUCCGUGUGGGAGAAGCCCGUGGACCUGGAGCACCGCGGGGACCUCAACAGGAUCCUCGAGGACCCGCCGCACAAGCGCAAACUCCCCCCUGAGGCACCUGCCACCGAGCACAGCGACGGGUCGGGCUCCGAAGACGGCCUGGAAGACCCGACCGUGAAAACCAAGAGGAACCGGACCGAAGGCCGCGUGAGCCCUGGCCCCGAGGAGGCGGAGAGAGAGGACAAGGGCGCCAGGACGCCGCCGCCCCAGAUCCUCCUGCCGCUGGAGGAGCGGGUGACCCACUUCCGAGACAUGCUCCUGGAGAGAGGGGUGUCAGCGUUUUCUACGUGGGAGAAAGAAUUGCAUAAGGUUGUGUUUGAUCCCCGCUACCUCCUGCUGAACUCCGAGGAACGGAAACAGAUAUUUGAACAGUUUGUCAAGACGAGGAUAAAAGAGGAAUACAAGGAAAAGAAAAGCAAAUUGCUGCUAGCCAAAGAAGAAUUCAGGAAACUUCUGGAGGAGUCGAAGGUGUCAUCCAGGACCACAUUCAAGGAGUUUGCCGAGAAGUAUGGCCGGGACCAGAGAUUCCGACUUGUUCAAAAAAGGAAGGACCAAGAGCACUUUUUCAACCAAUUCAUCCUUUCGCUUAAGAAACGGGACAAGGAAAACAGACUCAGGCUGCGGAAAAUGAGAUGAGUGUGUGGAAAAUGCAAUAAGACUGAGCUUUGCGGGAAAGGGGUGGCGGUGGGGGAGGCCCAGGCUGCACAGCGGGGGUGCCUCCCGGGCCGGCUCAGUUCUCAGAGGAUUACUGUUUCAUAUUGAAGCUUUUUGUACCACGUGCAGAGUUCGAUGCAUUUCUAAUUGCCAUGCCAUGUGGAUCCCUUGGUUGUUUUAAUUCUGCAAAUGACUUGUAAUAUAUACAGAUGCUAAACCCACCGCAGGUUGGUAACUCGGCAGAAGCGGGCACCAUCUGAAACCGUCUCAAGGCGUUUUCCCGAGUUGAGCCGACUCCCUGCAGCCUCCCUGCCAACCUCUGUGAGUCCCUGCGGGCCCCCAGGAGUUCCCGGAGCCGGGGCGCUCCUCACUCAAGUGUCCUCACGUCUCCGUCUAGUUUUCUGCGUAGUAGCAAUAGGGUACUUUAUCAUUCCUCAUAGUGACAUCUGUGAACACCAGGGCAUAGGGACGGGGGCGGGGCACCCCCAGGUGUCGUAAGGUAAUCACACCAUACCCCCGGGACACCCGGCCCGGAGAGGGGGCUGCACUGCCUGUCGGAGGUCCCACCGAAAAAGAAUUAUUUUGUACAAAACCAUCCAAUGACAUUUGAGUUAUUUUUAUUGUAUGCCCAGAGUGUG